AUGAAGACUUCAACCUUGGUGGCCGCUUCCGCCGGCACGAUCUUGACUGGCCUUCUGGCCUAUGCCGUGUACUUCGACCACAAGAGACAGACCGACCCGGAGUUCCGCAGAAACCUGAAGAGGAACAACCGUCGACUUGCGCGUGCUGUCAAGGAGGAAGCAGAAGCCCAGGGAGCUAUGCAGCGGGAAACCCUUAAGAAGGCUGUUCAGCAGGCCAAGGAUGAAGGUUUUCCGACGGACCUGGAAGAGAAGGAGGCCUAUUUCAUGGGUCAAGUUGCUCGCGGAGAGUCUCUUUGUGCCGAAGGCUCCGACCAGAUUGAAGCUGCUCUGUGCUUCUACAAGGCUCUUAAGGUCUACCCUCAGCCCAAGGACCUGAUCUCGAUAUAUGACAAGACCGUUCCCAAGGAUGUGCUGGAGAUCUUGGCCGAAAUGGUCGCCAUGGACGCCGGUCUCAAAUUGGGUUCUUUCACUGGCGAGGGUGGCAGUGCUGACAACCAUGGCGUCGAAUAA